AUGGAAUCUUCAGGUCACUCUUCAACGCCAGGAGUAUAUACCAAAGUACUUAAUUUAUGGGUUCAUGAAUCUAAUUUCUCGAAGCAAGAUGUAAUUUUGAAUCCAGAUUGUGUGCCAGGUGUAAAACCUGGUCAAUUGCUUGCACUGUUUCAUCCCAAUUCUGCGGUAAAUAAGACCAAAUAUCUUAUUGCGAAGGUUGCGUCAAUGGAUACACUGGAUAGCGAAAUUUUCAUUAGUAGACCUGCUUUGCAAGUAUCUGUAACUCCGCAGAUAGCCGCGUUAUUUGGCUUCUCCGGUUAUAUGGGACGUAAAGAAGUAAUUGCACGCGUAGUUGACGUCGAUUCUGUUACUGCAGAGUUCAUCGAGCUCACUUUCCGGGAUCAAUAUAUUGGGAGAAGUGAUAUGUGGCGUCUUAGUACCAGUCUAUGUGGGAGCUGGAUUUACAUUGGCAGAAGUAUUGAAUUUGCAAGUAUUCGCGCACAAGUCAAACGAAUAUAUGUGAAAGGUGAACUAGUUUCUGGUGGUUAUAUCACAGAAGAGACCAAAUCAAUUUAUAGAUCCGAGUCUGCAAAGUAUUUUAUAUUUAUACAAAUGAGUAGGGAAAUGUGGGAAUUUGAUGAGGACGGCGAACUUUUUUUUGAAAAAGCUAUUGAUGGUUUUCUCCCAGAAUUUUUUCAACGAUGGAAAGAAGUAGGUACAAAUCAUGUUGUAUCAAUAGUUUUAUUUUCACGCAUAUUUUACGAUUACGAUGAGGAUUUAGUAAAUGAAGGCACUGUGAAGCAAGAUGACCAAGGCAGGUGGUACAAAGAUUUUUAUAAGGUUAUUGUUGAUUGGGAAGCACAUUCUGAUUGGACAUCUACAAUUGUCCCGUUGAAAGAGGAACUUCUAAAGUAUCCUCAAGAUAUCUUGUUACGCAAGAAGGGUGAUUAUGAGUAUCUUUCCGGGCAGAAUUCCUUUGCUUUCGAAGGAAAUAUAUUGGAAGCGAUGAAUCUGGCAUUGAAUCCAUUUGAUAAGCAUUAUGUAGAUAGAGAUCUUUUGCGUACAGGAUUGUCGAUAAUCGUGGUGACUCCAGGAUGUGGACGGUUUGAAGUCAACAAGAAACUCUUACGAAUGACAACUGAGCGGAUGAUUGAUAAUGGAAUUGGGCUAGAUCUUGUUUGCUUAUCGAGAGUUCCUCUACAUACUGUACCAUUAUUCCGAUUUAACUCGCAGGAUCCAGCGAAAGCGCCACUACCCGAAUGGUGGAAAUCUAGAACAGUAGGUGGCGGCUCUAAAUCACAAACCAAAGAUCUAAAGCCUGAAUUACGAGAUCCUUUAGAUUAUGAUGAAGACAUUAACGACGCAACGGUACCCUUUUAUAAAACUCCAGAUUGGAUAGAUUGUAGUUUUUUUACAAGACACAAAGACAAACCAUAUAAACCAGAUAAAUUCGUGACGCGAUGUAAGAUGUACGAAAUUCAAAUGAUGGGAAUAAUGGAACACGAGAUUUCUUCCAUCUUGAUUCCAUAUCUUGAUGAAAAUCAAUCGAAAUUUGAUUCUUCUGAAUCGAGCUUAAGUAGUUCGAAAGUGAACUCGAAUGCUAUUAUUGAUUAUGAAAGUUAUGAUGAAAAUAUUUUUUCUAGUGUAACACAGAAAUCUACUAUUAAAACACAUCAUAGCUUAUCAAAUGCACCCAUAACUGGCGAGUCAGAUCGUAAUUCUGAAUAUUCGCAUUCUCGAAGAAGUCACGAUGAUCUUAUGUCUGCACCAUCAAAUAGACAUCUUUCUAAUGCUGAAUUAUCGAGAAGUUUGCCUAAAAUAAUAUCAGCAGGAUUAGUAAUGUCUGCUAUUCAUCCUGAUCCGAUGAUGAAAACAGCAUUUUAUACUGCUAAAUCACGUCGUGUUUCUGUAAGCACCUCGGAUGAUGGUUUAUCAGAUGAGCAGCAAAAAACGCUUUCAUCAUAUAAUGUUGUUAUUGAUAAUGUCUCAAAAUCCGAUGCGCAACUUUCGCGAGAUAUUAUUUAUCAAGAUAGCAUUGGUCAUAAAAAUCGGAAUGUUACUUAUGGCGAUGAUGAAUAUAUGUUCGAAUCGACUUCAAGGACUAAACCGAUAUCUAUAAAGUCAUCGACACGUCGUCCUGUACGUAGCACACAUCGAGAUUCAUCACCAUCACCGAAAAAUAGUUCUUACUCUAGUGAAAUCGGACGUUGUUUUGUAAGAUUUGCCCCCAAACAACAUUACCAGCAAACACUUGUAAAUCCAUGUAACCCGGGAAAACGUUCCCUCAAUCGACCAGGAUUAGCCAGUCAUAUGCGUAGAUGGGAGCACAUAUUUCCAAGAAAGAUUGCCAGAAGUACAAUGAAAUGGAAUUCACUAUGUACUCCUGCUUGUCUUCCAUUAACUACCGAUUUUUUCCCGCCGAUUAAUGAACAAGGUGCUUAUAAUGAAUAUACAUAUACAAUAUCAGUUGAUCCUGAAGGUUUAACAAUUGCACCAGACGAUACUAUAUCUGAAGAACGCAAGACAGAAAUCUUAUUAAAAGAAAUGAUAUCACAAAGAUUAGCACAAGGUAUGGGUUAUCAAGUACACAUUUUAACAUAUGAUCCUUCUGGUCAGAAUGUUGAAGUGAAACGAUACUUAAGAAAAACGCAAUAUUCAUCCGAUCCGAUUCCUUAUCAGUGUGUGGUAUGGCCAAAAGCUCAGGAAAAGUAUGAAUUAAGAUCAGUCACUUUUAGGUAUCCUAAUUCAGAUUAUAAAUGGAAUUAUGUGGAUCAGCUAGUCUCUGGAUAUCAAGACGUUCUUUUAGAAGCACUCAAAUUUUGGAGAACCAGAUUCAUUUUAAUUCCAAUGGAAAAUUUACCCAGCAAUAUAAUAAAUCCACCCAACGAAGCUCUUAAUGAAGAAGAGAUACGCGUGAGCGGAAUCUACAGUUUCAUGGAAGUUUUCCAAGAAGCCAUUUGGAUUUCACCUAAUGAGUCAGCACAAAAGAAAAAGAAUAUUAAACCUAAAUUAAUUCUGACAACUCUUGAUCCUUCAGUUUAUCUUCGAGCGCCUGAUGAUAUUCCUCCAAGACGUUGGUCGACACAUUCUAAUGAUGAACGUUUGACUAGAGAAUCCAAAUUGACGACAAUAGCUCAAGCUAUGUUAAACCCGAUUACUGGUGUGGUACGAGAACGUAGAUGGCAUUUACGACUAUAUGACAAUGCUAUCGUAGGUAAUGAAUUUGUCGACUGGUUAAUCAAAAAUUUUUCGGAUAUUGAUACACGUGAGGCUGCAGUGGAAUUUGGAAAUGAGUUACAGAAGAGAGGUUUAUUUGAUCAUUGCACGAAGCGUCAUCGAUUUUUGGACGGAUUCUAUUAUUAUCAACUUAAGAAAGAAUAUGCUCCGCAAAAAAGUUCAAAAGGUUGGUUUGGAAAUCAAAAAAAUAAUAAAGAAACCGAAAAAAAUGAAUCGUCUUCAAUAAAAUCAUCAACUGAAGAGGCUGUACAAUCACCACCUAAAAGAACUCUAUUCGAACUAAGUAAAGCAAUAACAAUUGAUGUUGACCCUAAGAAGAAAAGUGAUCGAAAAGAAACAGCAACAUUACAUUAUGAUGUGCUUCACAAUCCGGAUAAUUGUUACCAUUUUCAAUUGAAUUGGCUUGGUUGUACUGCACGACUUUUAGAAGAAAUAUUGCUAUAUUGGGGUCGAUCUGCUGCUAAAUAUGGUUUAAAACUGGUUGAAGCUCCCGUGGAACAAGCGAUGAGUCUAACCGAUAAUAAUCCAUUCCAAUCGCCAACCUUCAUCAAACUCGCUGUUCAACCGCCAUCAUUGGACGCAAAUGGAAAAAAGCUUCAUCCUGUUAUUAACCCUUACUUAUAUUUUGAAAUACAACUAGUCAAACGCUUCAAAUUUAUACUUGAUGUGGAGGCAGAUGAUCGAUUUCCAAAAGAUGUGAAACCCAUUUACUCUUAUCAUAAACCACCAUACAAAUAUUCUCAGUAUAUUCAUCGAUCUGGUGUCGCAUUUGUACAAAUACGCGAACCGGGUAGAGGAUAUCUUUGGGUCAAUAAUCGAUUAGCGAUCACUCAGACUAGUGAUAGAACGCCUCGAGAUCCGGAUGCAUUGAUGCGCGAGUUUCAAAAAUUUUGUGAGGAUGAAGAAGAAUUGAGAAGAUUUUGGGAGGAGACUGCUAGUAAAUUGCCUUUUAUUGUUGAGUCUGUUGAAGAAUCAUCAUCCGAAGCAACAACAGAUGCAGGAACAGAUGUUGUUCAACCAUACCCGAUCAAUGAGAAAUCGGAGCUGACAACACUGAAUUAA